AUGAUUAAGAUCGCCCAAAUAAACCUUGGUAGAGGGCAAGCUGCUUUACAAGAAAGUCUGCAAGCAGCUGAGCAGCAAGGUAUAUCAAUUUUAAUGGUCCAAGAACCCUACGUUGGCGCCAAGGCUCAUAUUACUUGCAAGUAUAGAGUAAUACAAAAAGACACUGGUAACAAAGAAAAACCAGUCAAGUCGGCUGUCAUUGUUGUUAAUCCGAACAUACAGUAUUGUGUUAACCAAAAAAUUAUAACAGAGAAUAUAGUUGCUUGUAGACUUUGUAUAAAUGAAUUUAGUAUAGGUGUAAUUAAUGUAUAUCUCGAAGAAGGUGCUGAUAUUGAAGACGAUCUCUGCAACAUAACAAGAUUCAUAGAAAAUCUCGACACCGAGCAUGUUAUUCUUGGAGGAGAUUUCAAUGCCAAAAGUCCCUGGUGGGGGUGCGAUGCGGGGGAUAGGCGGGGUGUAGUUAUAGCUGAGACUUUAGCACAAUUAGACCUACAAAUAUUGAAUGAAGGACAAACACCAACCUUUCACGUAUGGAGAGGAGCCCGAGAAUACUCCAGCAUUAUUGAUAUCACUACAUGCACGACAGCUCUUCUGAACAGAAUAACUGAUUGGAAAGUGGAUCCCAACUUGAUUACACUCUCAGAUCACAGAGCGAUCACCUUCAACUUAAAUAUAAAAAAUUCAAAUAAAACGACACAUCAGAGAAUUUCAACACGUAUUUAUAAUACAAGUAAAGCAGACUGGGAAACAUUCACAAAACGACUUAGAGAAGAACUAAACAAUUCCAAGGUCACGCAUGACUUCAUUGAUUCCAUCGAUACCCCACAAUUACUAGAAAAAUGCAUCCAAAGUUAUAUCACAAGUAUUCUUAGUUCUUGCGAAGACACUAUACCCGUACUAUCGAGGAAAAUACCAAAAAAGACACAAUGGUGGAAUAAAGAACUGCAAGAGAAAAAGAGGGAAGUAAUAAAGAAAAGGAGGAAAAUAAAAUAUGCCAACGAAAGACGAAAACCUUUUGUAAUAGAAGAUUAUAUACAAGCUAAAGCCGAUUACAAAAAUCUUAUAAUGGCAGCAAUGACCACAAGUUGGAAACAGUUCUGUACCAGGCAAGAUAAGGAAAACAUAUGGCAGAGUAUAUAUAGAAUCAUUCGCAAAAACACUACAACAAAAGAAGACACAUUACUAAAAUCUUCUGCUGAAACUAACACUUUAUCUCCAGAGCAAUCCGCCAGACUCUUAGCAAACACUUUCUACCCAACAGACGACAAUUCAACUGACGAUGUAGAUCACAUAAAAAUAAGGGAAAAAGCUACAAAAAUACGAGAAAAUCUUAAUGACAGUAAAAUACAUAUCCACGCUGUACCGUUUACUGCAACAGAGGUCGAAACUGUUUUUAACAACAUGAGUCCCAAAAAAUGA